AUGCAAAAGAUGGGACAGUCGCCAACGGAGGAAGAGUUGGAUGCGAUGUUCAACGCUGCUGACCAAGAUCAUGAUGGAAACAUUGAUUUCAAAGAAUUCCUUCAAAUUGCUCAUGCCAAUCCACUUUCGUUGUCACUGAAAGCAGUGUUCGAGGAGCUAGACGUUGAUGGCGACGGAUACAUCACUAGGUCUGAACUACGGACAGCAUUUCAACGUAUGGGUCAUGCACUUUCUGAUCACGAUAUAAAGUCUAUCUAUAAGCAUGUUGAUUCGAACAAGGACGGGAAAAUCAAUUUCCAAGGUGAACAUAACAAUUCUGCCAAAUGA